AUGAACGCUCUUACCGCACUUACAGCCACCCGACGAUCAAAGUUCGGCCCUGGCCAAGCCACGGGUGGCGUGCACCAGGCUCGGGCCCAGGCUGGGCCUGGCGUGCAGUUCGCGUCCUGCCGCAGACGUGCAGGUGGCGUCCUCCGACCGGCGCCCUCCCACGGUGCAGUCCACCCGCAGAGAGAGAGGACGGGCAACCUUCCCAAGGGUGCCUUCGCAUCCCUCCUCGUCGGCUCAUCCUUGGCCGCGGUUGCUGGCCGCGCCCCGCCCGCGAAGUGUCGACACGUUCCCCUUCAAUCUUGCGUCCUCAUGACACGGGUCGACUGCGCCCUGUGCCUGCCGGGCGUGGGCGUAGAGUCGGUGCCCUCUCAUCUCGCUGGGCACGGAGGCGCCGUGCGCCGGCGCGCGCAGCCCUCCCGCUGCCCUCGAAGUUGGGAGGAGGAGGGGGAAGAUCGGGCCGAACGAGAGGAGGAUGAUGAUGAGGAGGAGGAGGAGCAAGGAUGCCACCGCCAGCAGUCCGAGGAUUGCACUGCUGCCGGCCGGGUCCUUUGGAGAAGGGCGUCGGCUUCUCUCGGUGCGGCGGUGUUUUUUUGA